UUCCUUUAUAAAGACGACACUCGACCAAGGUGGCCGUGCCAGUGAAGAAGAAGAAGCUUUGCGCUUCUCUCUCUCUUCCUCUCUCUCUCUCUCUCACAGAACACUGAAGAAGCCUAGUGCUUCUCUCUCUUUCAUACCACGGAAGGAACUUUGUGCUUCUUUCUCAUCCCUCUUCCGCCAUUGAAGACAAUGCUCUACACAUAGUGACCCCUGUGAAGAUUUCUCUGUUACAAUGCUGGAAUCAGAUUCUUUUAUGGCGAGACCCGCGGGAUCCCGGCUAUCCCAGAGUCCUCAACAAGCCAUUCGUGACAUGAAACAGCGAGCAAUCUCAUCCCUAAAUAAGCUUUCGGAUCGAGAUACCUUUCAAAUGGCUGCAUCAGAUCUGGACUCCAUGGCAAAAAGCUUGAAUGGUGAGUGCUUUUCCCCUUUCUUAGCCUGCAUAUAUGACACUGAUUCAGAUCAGAAGAGCACUGCAAGACGUGAGUGUCCGAGGAUAUUAGGCACCAUGGCUGAGACUCAUCGUAAUGCUCUAAGCUCUCAUCUCCCAAAAAUGGUUGGAAACUUGAUCAAGAGGCUUAGAGACUCGGAUUCCAGUGUGAGAUCGGCUUGUGUCGAUUCCAUGGGAAUCAUGGCCUCAAAGAUCACUCAGCCUUCAAUAACUGUUUUUUUGAAGCCAUUGAUGGAGGCCAUGACCGAGCAGAACCAGAAUUUGCAGGCUGGAUCUGCUCAUUGCUUUGCUAGGGUUGUCGAUUCCUCCAUUGAUCCUCAGCCUGAGGUUUUACAGAAGCUCUUACCUAAAAUGGUGAAGCUUUUGGGAUGUAAAGCCUUUAAAGCAAAACCGGCAUUGAUAGGUGCUUUAGCCAGUGUAGUUUUAGCAAAUGGGGCAUCCAGGGCACAUCUCAUGGCCAUGGUGAUUGGGUCAAUGAGAGAAUCCUUGAAAAGCGAGGAUUGGCAAGCGAGGAAGGCUUCAGUGGAGGCCCUGGCUCGUGUGGCUCUUAGUGAGAGAGAGGCCUUAAAGACUUAUAAAGAGUCUUGUGUUGCUUCUUUGGAAUCACGUCGUUUUGAUAAGGUGAAGCUGGUUCGUGAUUCUGUGAUUCAGGCAUUGGAAGCUUGGAGUGAAGUUCCUGAAUCAGAGGAAUCUCCAGCUUCUGAAACGAAAAUUUCAUGUAUAACAGAAAAUGACAGCAAUACAAACUGCACAACUGGUUUGGAUAGUUCUGAGAGGCCGGUUAAGGGGUUUCCAUAUGAAAUAAGAAAGAAGACAGGAUUUGCUUCAAGUAGGAGUCCUCCUGAUUGCUCAUCUGUCACUGGCUCAAAGAAAAGGACCCCACUGGGUGACAAGAGAUGCAGUCCUUCUAUUUUCCAAAAGCUGGAUCGCAAGAAAAUGUCAGAGUGGAAGUUAGAGAUUGCAGUUCCUCAAUCCCGACCCAUUACAGUUGUUAGCAAAGAUGAUCCUCAGAGUGGUAAGGGUGCGGUCUGUAAGGAUAUGAAAGAUGGGGAGAUUGGAAAUGGGCAUCCAAAGCAUGACAAGAAGAGUGAGAGAACUGUCGAGGAGAAGGCACACAAAUUUGGUGGGUUGAGGGGCACCUCACGGGUUGUCCCUCUGCAUGAGAAGGAAAGUUCUAUUGGGUGGGCUACUGUUGGCUUCAGUGACACAGUUGAACAGGUGUAUAAGGAAAGUGAUCUCUCUCUGAUUCGCAAGCAACUGGUUCAUAUUGAGAACCAGCAAACCAGUUUGUUGGAUCUUCUCCAGAAGUUUAUGGGUAGCUCAAAGAACGGGAUGCAUUCAUUAGAGACGAGGGUGCAUGGCCUUGAGCGUGCUUUGGAUGAGAUCUCGCAUGACUUAGCCCUGUCAUCAGGCAGGGUUGUUCCAAACAUGGAAAUUGGGGGAAACAAAUGUUGCAAGAUUCCUGGUGCUGAUUUCCUCAGUGCAAAGUUUUGGAGAAAACCAGAAAGUAGAUACUCUUCUCCCACUGCUACUAGGCUUCUCUUACCCGAUAGUGGGCCAUGUGUUGGGCAAGAGAGAGAAAGACUUGACUUGGCCAAAUGGGAUGACAAAACGCUUAGAGGAGUUAAGGGUGGUCUUGUUCUUAAUCCACUUGCAGAGAUCUCGCCUCUACCUAGAGCGAAUAUUGAAAUUCAUUCUAACAAAAUACAAAGACAAGGAAAUUCAGCAGAAUUGGUAUCCGCUAGAGUAGAUGGACCUACCUCCAUCAGAAGCAUAUUGCAGGCCGAUGGAAUCGGCAGACCAUCUACAUGACCAUUGGACUACAUUGGAGGUUAUUUUGUUCUAGUUUGCCAUUGGUGUGGGCGGGGUAUGUUUGGAUCCAAGAAGUACCAUUUCAUCUUGUUCUCAUGAAGAUGUUGACAAAAGCAAAACAAUUAAUUUCUGAGGAAGGUGAUAUGUUUACUACAUCCUUUUUUACUUCUACCAUUCUUUCUAUUAUUGUAAAACCUGAGGCAAUAGUCUUGAUCGCUAGCUGUACAGUAGCACAUAUAGAGAUAGAGAGACGGAGAAUCAUUCCUGCAGCUGAUAUAUGUUACUUUUUCUGGGAGUUUCUACAAAAGUUGAGGGGGGAGGAGGAGGAGGGGAAGGGGAUUUGGCUUAUAAUGUAUUAAAAGCAAGGAGUUGUUGGCAAUGAAUUUAGUUUUUAAAAUAAUUAAUUAAGUGAAUUGUAGUUGGUGAGUGGUUGUUGGCUCUCUCCAUCAUUAACAUUUGGUGUUUCCUAGCGCACAGACUCCACACUUACUCCAUGGCUUGGAGUCGGUAGGAGGUGGGGUUGCUUCGUUAUUCUUCUAUUGGGGAAGUAUAUAAUACUACGCCGGUUGUGUAUGGUCCAUGAUAUACCAGGUUUUUGGGUUAUGGAGAAAAUUGUGUACUAUAGUCUCCAUUUUCCCGAGAAGUACUGUUUAACCCCACUAUCCAUCAACUCCCACAGAUGAUCCAUAGACCUAUCAUGCACCUUAUUUUGUCAUCGCUAUUUUGUGGAGUACAUUCCCUUCUCAUAUUUUUCCCCUUUCUCUUUCGGGAUUACUUAACCUUGUAAAUCACAAUUGCUAUUAGCCAUCA